UUAGCGGCAAAGGGAAAAGGGCAGGCGCGGUCAGUCGGUAGGAGAAAGCAACGCUUGAAGCCGAGGAGGAUACCGGGAAGCUGAACCUUCGCCAUGGCUUGGCCUCUGGCUGCAGGACUUGGGAUCUUGCUCGUUUUGAGCUGCAUAAUUUUUGGAAAUGGACUUCAUGUAGAGAUUCUUGGUGGCAAAAGUGAUCAGCUGUCAAGUACAAACAGCCUAAUGAGGCAGAAGCGAGAAUGGGUUGUUCCACCUGCAGUCAUCACGGAAGGGCAGGACAACUCCAAGAGGAAUCCAAUUGCUAGAAUACGAUCUGAUCUUGAGGGUAUACCAGGAGUAGUUAUCACGUACAUAAUUUCUGGUCAAGGGGUCACAGAAGCACCAUAUGGAUUGUUUGUUAUGAAUGGAAAAACAGGAGAACUGAAUAUCACUGGAAUAGUUGAUCGGGAACAAACACCAAUGCUCCAUCUAAAAGGUUUGGCUAUCAAUUGGAAUGGUACUUACAUGGAAAAACCAUUAGACCUGAGAAUUAAAGUUCUGGACAUAAAUGAUAAUAGCCCAGUAUUUUCAGAAGAAGUUUUUGUGGGCUCUGUUGAAGAGUUAAGUGAUGUAGGUACUGUUGUGAUGAAGAUAAAUGCAACUGAUGCAGAUGAGCCAAAUACCCUCAACUCCCAAAUUGCCUUCAGGAUUAUUUCUCAAGAGCCCAGUGAACCUCCUGCAUUUAUAAUUAACAAAGCAACCGGCUUGAUUCAGACUGCCACGUUCCAGCUUGACAGAGAGGUACACAGUAGCUACUCCUUAAUUGUGGAGGCAAAAGACCGGAAUGGAGCUGCAAUUGGGUUAGGGAAAGAAACCUCCGUACAGAUCAAACUUUUAGACGUCAAUGACAAUAUUCCAGUUCUUGAGAAAGCCACGUAUGAAGGAAAUGUUCAGGAAAACAUGGCAAAUGUGGAAAUCAUGCGACUGAAGGUCUUCGACAAAGAUGAGGAAUUCACCGACAACUGGCUAGCACAGUUCGAAAUUGUGUCAGGCAAUGAAGGAGGCUAUUUCCAUAUCGAAACAGAUUCUCAAACCAAUGAAGGAAUUUUGACCCUUGUUAAGGAAGUUGAUUAUGAACAACUACAGACAAUGAACUUAAAUAUUGUUGUGUCUAACAAAGCAGCAUAUCACAAAUCAGUUACUAGUAGUGGUUACCAAGCACAACCAAUUCCAGUUAAAAUUAAUGUGAUAAAUGUAAAGGAAGGUCCUGUGUUUAAGCCCCAAACGGUGAUAAUUAAAGCAAACAGAACAAUGACAGUGAACCAGAGUCUGGGAAGGGUUGCAGCAUGGGAUGAAGACACUGGAAAAAUAGCAGAACGUAUCAGGUAUGCCAAAGAUCGUGAUGUUGAAAACUGGUUUACAAUAGAUUCUAAAACUGCUGAAAUCAAGCUUAUUAAAAUACCUAGAUUCGACUCAUCUUCUCUAGUCAAUGGUAGUUACAUUGCAACAAUUUUGGCUAUAACUGAAGAUUUCCCUUCAAAAACUGCAACAGGCACCAUCGCUAUUCAAGUACAGAAUAUUAAUUUCCAUUGUCCAACUAUCAUAACACGGGCAACAGCCAUCUGUGCUGAGGAAAAGUUCGCUAACAUCACUGUUGAAGAUCAUGAUGUUUAUCCAUAUGGUGGUCCUUUCACUUUAACUAUUAUCGAUGAGCCUGAAAGAAUGUCAGACAAAUGGGCUAUUGGCCAGGUACAUGGAUCUAGAGCACAGCUUGUACCAGUGGAUGUGCAUCCUGGCAAUUAUGCUAUUUCCAUUUUGGUGAAAGAUAACCAGGGUUUCAGCUGUGUUGACAAACAAAUUGUUCACGUCUCUGUUUGUACUUGUGGGAAAGAUGGAGUCUGCGUAGGAGAGAAAAUUGUUGGCUCUUCGGUUGCACUAGGACCUGUUGCAGUUGCGUUGAUGAUCCUGGCACUCUUGUUGUUGCUGUUGUUGCCCCUCUUGCUGCUCCUGUGUCGCUCUGGGGCAGCGGCUAAGAAAGGCUUUGCAGCUAUACCUGAUAAUAGCGAAGAAAUGUUGCGUAACUGGAACAGUGAAGGGGCAGCUCCUGAAAACAAGGCAAUCCUAAACCUCGUCUCUCCCCCUGCAUUGGACAACUCGGGGUUUGGAGCAGCUGCAGUGGGUGUAGGAGCAGCAGCCACACUGGGUGGUGGCUCUUCUUCAAUGUUGAAAGACAGUUACAACAAUGUCAAAGUGACCAACAGACAAUGGGAAGAGCAACGAGCUCUUAUGUCUGGUGCAGGUUAUGGUGGCAUGGAAUCAGGGGGUGCAUCAGGCAUGGCAGCUGGAGGAGGCAUGGCAGCCAGAGGUACCAUGGUAAUGGGCUCUAGAGGAAUUAUGGAUGCUGGAGGGGCUGUUGCCAUGGAAACUGGAGGAGCUGUGAAUGAAGAUUUCUUAAGGAGUUACUUCAAUGAGAAAUAUGUUGCUUUUGCUGAUGAAGAUGAAGGUCACCUUGCAAAAGACUGCCUAUUACUUUACUCUCAGAAGGAGGAAGGAGGCUCUACCCAUGGCUCUAUUGGCUGCUGCAGCUUUAUUGAAGAUGAAUUUGAUGACAGUUUCCUGAAUGACUUAGGAGAUAAAUUUAAGACUCUGGCUGAGAUCUGUGUGGGUAAACGCAUGGGCACAUUAGCUGGGCAGCACGGUUCUCAAAUCCUGAAAGAUACAGUGGAUGAAGUGGAUGUACAUGGUUUGAGUUCAAAGCACAACUAUUCUUCAGCCUCUGGCUACCAACUACCUGAAACCACAAAAGCUUUUGGUGCAGAUACUGUAAUGGAAGAGCUGGUAACUGAGUCAGCUUUUUCAUCCAGAUCUGGCCUCCAGCCACCUAAGCCUAUGCCUGACCCCAUGUUAAGCAGCAAUGUUGUUGUGACAGAAACAUCUUAUGGGGCAGCACCCCCUACAGUGAUCCUGGACCCUCAAAUGGAAAAUGUCGUUGUGACAGAGAGGGUGCUUGCUCCUGCUUCCAGCUUGCAGGAAGUGUUGGAAAUACCUCAUGGAGUCUUUCACGAUCUCCCAGAUUCAAAGUACGUUGUAGUGAGAGAAAGGGAAAGGGUUCUUGUACCUAGCUCUAACCUACAAGCUUCCUUAAGUAUCCCCAAUUUAUCAGAAGGACAGAACAUGAUAGUAACUGAAAGUACAGUUUCAUCCUCCUCUGGUUUGCAGGCUGCAAGUACACAAAGCAUGACAGAGCCAGCCAUGUAUUCUGGCAGUGAUAGGCACAAACACAUAUUGAUCUCAGAUCCCCUUUUUCACCAAGGCAGCACAGAGGAAGUACUUCCUCUGGGUUCUUCUUUGAGCAAGUCCUCACGGCUCACAAAAUACAGCUCUGUGCAAUAUACUCGUUCCUAAAUGCUAUAUUUUCAUCCAUCAUUUUAUAGUUACAGGUGACAUUGAUAAGAGUAGUGGCUUGUUUUUCUCAAAAUCUGAAUAGGUUGCCUUGGUCUUCCCACUGUACUUUCUCAAAAAUAGCAUGUCAGGAUUAAAAGAACUACUGGAAGUGGCUACUCAUGGGCUAGAGCAGGAGUCACUGUGGGAAGCUGGGAGGGGAACAUAGUUGUGAAUUUCCUGUGUAGUGCAGGAGUUGAUGAGAUGACCUUUGAAGUAUCUUCUGGUACUCUGUUUAUAUGUUGCAUACAUGAAAAUUAUUUUAUUAAGAAAAUGAAAUAUGCUUCUUAAUGUAGGUAUAUAGCUAUAUACAUUUUAGGAUCCAAGGAAUAGCUCAGUCAGAUUAAGCUAGUUAUGCAGCAGACUUUUAAUAGCUGUUUCUCACUAACUUGUAGUGUGAUCCUAAAUACGUUGAAUUAAAAUUAAGUUACAAUGAGUUUAUACAAUUUAUUUCAUAGUACAUAUGUUAAAGAUUAUUUUUACUGUUGCCAAUGUACUUGAAUUUUAAUUUAGUAGGGGUAUUGCCUUCGAAGUUGCAUUGUCUUAACUGUCAGAACUGUCUCGUUUACCUGAAUUCUUAAUCAGGUUGUUUGAUAGCAAUAGGAAGUGUGUCUGGUAGAUUAACAAGUAUUAUCACCAUUUCUAGCCUACAGUUUUUCACACAUUUAGAAGUAAACACAUGUAAAACUUGAUGGAUUGAGAAAAAGCAGUUUGGUUCAGUCUUUUUUCUUUACCAGUCACUAAAACGAGCUCUAAUAUUUUGCAGAAAUUCUCAGAGUCAUCAGUUAAUGUGUAUCCCCUAGUUUUGCACAUGGAUUACUUUGAGAUGAAGCAUGAUAGACCAGAAUAGAAAUUAUUUUCUGUCAGGAAGUGAGGUAUCUGCAGGUGUACAUCAUACCUUCCAUACAUCCAUCUGCUUUGCCUCUGAGUUGGCAAAUGGAGAGUUGGUUUAUGCUCUGUGCAGAUAGUUUUGGCCAGUGGAGGCAUAGAGAGGGGAGUUGAUUAUCCUUAAUACACAUCACAGAAACCAUUGCAAAGAAUGGGGGAAAUUAUUCAUUUAUCCUGCUUUUCUGCAUCCCAACAUGGUGUAGUAGUUAAGAGCAGGUGAACUCUAAUCUGGAAAACUGGGCUUGAUUCCCCACUCCUCCACAUGAGUGGCAGAUUCUUAUGUUUCCCCACUCUACAUUCCUGCUGGGUGACCUUGGGCUAGUCACAGUUCUUCGGAAGUCUCUCAGUCCCCCCUACCUUAGAAGGUGACUUUGGUGGGGAGAGGAAGGGAAAGAAGUUUGUAAGUUGCCUUGAAUCUCCUUCCAGGAGAGAAAGGUGGGGUAUAAAUCAAAACUCUUCUUCUUCACCAUCAUUUGCAAGUUCCUGGUUCAGCAGGUUUUUUGAAAGGUUUCACACAUAUUUCACUGCUUCUAGUGGUCAAUUUUAUAACACACCCAAUUUUAUCAAGACUAAAAAGCUGCUGGUUAACUCAGCAAGGAAAUAAACUAGAUUUAAUAGUGUUCUGUAUCAAAUUAACCACUAGAGGAAGCAAAGUACAUUCGGGAUUUAAAGAAACACAGAAGAAACCAGGAACUUUGAGAUAAGGAAAAAGAGAAUGCAGAAAAGGCUUUGCUGUCCAAGUAACACUCAGAAAGUGGGAGAUUAGUUUAAUAUUAUGCUCAACUACAGUUCUUCCAAGCAUUAUUUGUAUAGGAAAGAAUGAGUAAGGCCAGUGAAGCUUUAUAUCAAUAACAGAUACUGUGCUCCUUUUGUAUGAUGUAGAUCUGGCAUUCUGUUGGAAACUAUGAAUGUUCCUAUUUAACAACCAUAGCCAAUAAUGAAUCCUUAUUUAAAAACUCCAUGUGAGCUGUAAUGCAUUCAGGGAAUAUCCCUGUUUACAAAGAAUGUCCCAACCAUUUCAGCAACAACAGCUGGUCUUUGUAUGUGUAUUUGUGCAUUUAUAUCAGCUUCUUCCAUUCUGUACAUGCAAACCAAAAAAAACCCACCCUGUUUGUGUAAGUGUACACAAAGAUACAGUCAUGCAGUCGAUCACAAAUUUUGCAAGUACAUUGUGCAUCAUCAGGGCUAGAACCAGGCUGGUUCAAGGGAUAUUAGAUACAGAUCAGGGAAACACAUGUUGAGAUUCCCGCUCAUGUUGGAUGCCCUUAGUUGCUCUCUUUACCUAUAUAUACAAAUAUAUAUAUAUAUAAUUGAAAAAAGAAAAAAAAUGAGAUAAAAAGUUUCAAUCAUGGCAAAUAUUUUGAUAAAAUACAUGUACCUUAAUUUUUUUAAAGGACAAGUCCUUUUUCAAGUCUACUGUUUUUAAUACAAGUAUUCAUCCAAUAAAUGAUACACAGGGGUUCGUAAUCAAUAUGGGAAUAAUAGAUGUGUCCUUGUUUUCCUACCCAUUAAGAAUAAGUAUUUCUUAUUGCUGGCUUCUUCUUAUAUGAAAAACAUGGAUUUCUGUAUAUACAGCUUUGUAAUAUUUUUAUAUAACUGGACUUGGUUUUGCACUAUUGUCAUACAUGGGGUAGGGCUGUGUUGUACUUUUGAUAACAUUUGAAAUAAAAGGGAUACAUAAAA